AUGCUCAAUGCCAAAUUUAAAGAAAUGAGGGCUUUAACGUAUAACGAUAACUUAGUAAUCAUUAUUAUUACCAUUUUCCUGUUGACCACUUUACCAACAGGAUUUACGCAAUAUACUAUAAAUUAUGACAAUAUUACUUAUCUGGAAACAUCCGUUCAGUCUAAUCUUACUAGAGCACCACCACGCAUUAUAGAUAUUAGACACUAUGAAGAUAGUCUGGGUACAGCAGUUGUUCGCGUAGCUCGGGAGAAUUACGUCGCUGGAAAUAAUAUAUGUUAUGAACGGAGGCUAUUAAUUCGUGUUAUUCAAGAAAAUGGAACUGUUAUACCGAUAAAUAUUGAUAAUACUACAUUAAUACCAGAUAUCAAUUAUUGCUAUGUUGCUAAUAAAAACCCUAUACAAGUAUACCCAUUAUUUGAUGAAUACAUUUUAGUAACAUAUACUCAUGUGACUAAUACCUCUGAUAAUACAACUUUUGUGGACAAAGGUUUUGUUGUAGAUUGGAGUGGGACAUAUAUGAG